CCCCUCUCUCAGCCCAAGCACUCAAAGCAUUCCUUGCCUCUAAACCAAAGAACAAGCCUGCAGAGCUUAGGCUCUUCUACAACUUAGACGGGCAGGGAACUACCGUCGCUGCCGUUUCGGUCGGGGAUAAGCUCACCCAGGAGGCAGUCAGGAACGCAAUCGCAAAGGGGACGAGGGCGCUCAAGGAUGCGGGAGAGGACAAAGUAGGCGUCGUCGUUGGGUCCGAGUAUGCUCAUGCCGCAUCCGUGGGCGCACAUCUCAGUCUAUUCAACUUCGACGCACUCAAGACGACCAAAGAAGCGCUGCAGCACGUCGACCUCGUCCCCCUCCUUUCUGGUCCUCCUUCUGCCCCCCUGUCCUGGGAAACAGGCGCCAUCUACGCCUACUCGCAGAACCUCGCUCGCGAGCUCAUGGAGCUCCCCGCGAACCUCAUGACGCCUACCGCCUUCUGCGCACGGAUGGUGAAGGAGUUCCAAGGCUUGGGGAACGUUCGCGUGAACGUGAGGGACGAAGCGUGGGCAGAGGAGAAGGGCAUGCGUACCUUCCUCUCUGUCACGAAGGGCACGGACGAGCCAGCAAAGUUCUUCGAGUUGCACUAUUCUGGUGCUCCGGCAGGGGAGAAACCACUCGCCUUUGUCGGCAAGGGGAUCACCUUCGACUCGGGGGGGAUAUCGCUCAAGCCUGCGGAGGGGAUGAAGCUCAUGCGGGGGGAUAUGGGCGGCGCGGCGACGUUGCUCAGUGCGGCGCUGGCGAUUGUAAAGCUCAAACUGCCGAUUAACCUCGUGGCUGUUGCGCCGCUUACGGAGAACCUCCCUGGGCCGAAGGCGAAUAAGCCUGGGGAUAUCGUGUAUGCCAUGAAUGGGAAGACGGUAGAGAUCGAUAAUACCGAUGCGGAAGGCAGGCUCGUCCUUGCCGACGCGCUGUACUAUGUCACUUCCGAGUUCAAGCCUCAUACGGUGAUCGACGCCGCUACUCUUACGGGGGCGAUGAUGAUCGCUCUCGGCGAGCCCUACGCAGGAGUGUUCACCAACUCCGAUUCCCUCUGGAACGAGCUCCAGCUCAGCGGGAAAGAGGAACACGACCGGUUCUGGCGUAUGCCGCUGGACGAUGAUUAUGUUCCCCAGAUUAGCCAGAGUAAUGCCGACUUGCAGAACACGGGCGGCCGCCCAGCAGGAGCGUGCACAGCAGCUAUCUUCCUCAAGGCGUUCGUAGACGGCGUCGAAGGAGAAGGGUCUGCCCAACCCCGGACUCGCUGGGCACAUGUCGAUAUCGCCGGGGUGAUGGAAUGCACUCGCCCGGGACCGUAUCAGAACAAAGGGAUGACGGGUCGUCCUACCAGGGCAUUCAUCGAUUUUGCGAGAAGACUUGCGGAGAAGAAAUAAGCGCUGCCCAGGCACUCUGGAGCAGGCAUGUUGUGUUGUGGAACUGAAGAAAUACUUGAUGGAAUCAUGUUGUACCUACAGUACCCGCGUGGGCGAACUGAGAAUCCACCGUAUGACCAGGGGUCAGUUU